AUGCAGGACCUUGGACUAUGCGAGAUAUGCCCCCAGAUCGACUUCAAGCGUCAUAUUUACGGAGAUAAUGGCUUCCGUUACCGAGUACCACACUUGGAAACGGGUACCAUUCACAUGCUGCGUGAGAGGAGCACAGGCUGUGCUGUAUGUUACGUCGCGUAUCAUAGUUUUGGCAAGGAGACAAUGGACGACUUGCGAUGCCAUCUGUACGCGACAGACUUCUGUAUGUGCCCUAUCAAAAUCUCAGAUGAACACGAAGAGAGACUAGUCUGCGAGCAUCCCAAGCACAUCGUGUUCACGCUCAACUCAAAGCCCCCUCGGUAUGCGGGAUUCCAGAUCUGCCUUGAUCGCCGUGCAAAAAGAGUCGACCGCGAUAUUAAUAUUGCCGGCUUUGUCGAAUCAACAGAUGAUUCUUGUUUCACAGGACGGGCAGUGGCAGAUAAGGCAGAUUUGAGACCCAAGAACUUCCUUGUUAUAGAUGUGGAACAGAAGUGUAUCAUUUCAGCACCACCAGACUGCCGUUUCGUGGCAUUAUCGUACGUAUGGGGUUCAGCGAAACAGAAGAAGCUGACACGAAAGAACUGGGAUGUGUUGAGCCAGCCUGGGGCACUUGAUGCAGACGAUGUACCAGCCACUAUUUGGGACACUAUCUUGCUUACCAGAUCUUUGGGAGAGAUAUAUUGUUGGAUAGAUGCUCUUUGCAUAUUUCAAAACGACCCUGCAAGUCAACAGGAUCAGAUCUCGCAAAUGGGUGCUAUCUACUCGAGGGCACUUGUCACAAUCGUCAAUACUGCUGGAGAUGGAAGUACGGGAUUGCCCGGGAUGCGUGUCGGAACAAGGAAUCUCCAACAUAUCAAAAUUAGGCUACGUGAUUUCGACCUGGUCAAGGCACACGAUGAUGUGGACAUCUACGGAGACUCACGACACAACAUAUCCAUGUGGGAAAAGCGGGCUUGGACCUACCAGGAACGAAUCUUCUCUAGACGGCUGAUAAUCUUUCGCAAGAAACAGAUCUACUGGCACUGUAGAAGUGCAACUUUUGUCGAAGAAAAGAUCCUAGAAACGCGAGGACCUCCAACAGUGCUCGCAAGCAUGGAGCGAAUGAUCACCAGGCUACCAGAAAUUCCAAGAAAUUUGGCCGAUUACACAAGCCGGUUGCUGAAAAUGAAAACAAUCGACGACAAAGAGUACCAUUUAUAUAGGUCAUUCGUCAAGGGUUACACAGUCCGCCAACUUUCUUACGGAUCUGAUGCUCUGAACGCAUUUGCUGGCGUGUCUCGAGCUCUCUCGCUGCUAGGAAAAGCGGAGUAUAUCUGGGGCCUUCCGAAGUCAAGCUUUUCAGACGCUCUGACGUGGUCGGCGAAGGGUCUACAGAAGAAUCCCUGUCUGCAGAACAUCUUACGACGAGAUGGGACGAUCGUCCAGUUGCCAUUUCCAAGCUGGUGUUGGGCAUCUCGAACCUACAGUACAUCGACCGAGUAUGUAGGAGGAAUCGACUGCUUUGAAAGGGGCAUAGCCCUUGCGCCACAUCUCAUAAUUUUCUACAGUUGUCUCACCGAUGGAGGAGUGGUAAGAAUCACCCAAGUCUCUGAUGAUAGCGAAGAAGGUUCCCAACCGAAGCCGGCGGGCAAUAGCAUGACUUCAAAAUGGCUCGGGUAUCCGCGUAUCCACAACACUCUCAAGCCUACAUCCGACUUAUCCGACCAGGAAACUAUCCACUCUGGAGAAUUGAAAUUUUGGUCAAGCGUCGCUACUGUUUACUUAUUCACAGAAAAACAGCGACUUCGUGGAAAACCACGUACCACUUUCCUCUCCUCCCGCGGAAGCAUUCUGAUGGCAUCAGCUCACCUCGACUCAAACCAUUACAGAUCGCCGGAAGACUCACGAGUCCCUAAACAAGUCCGCGAGGCUGACUUGAGAAAUAUACAAGGUAAAGCUUUGGAAGGCGACUGUCACAUUACCAUCCUCGAUCUUGUGAUAGUCCACGGCGAGAUCACACAGACUGCGGGUGGGAUUUCGGGACUUUCUAGUACAGGGAGAGUAUUGCGUGCCUUGGCUGUUGGGUGGGAGGAUGGAGUUGCCAUUCGAGAGGGCUUUGUGCUUAUUGCGGAGGAACAUUGGGUGGGAUUGGAGAAUAGAGAGUGGAAGCUAGUGACGAUGCGGUGA